GACAAUAAACUGGAACGAAAAAGCCAUUUAGCCAUAAUAAAAGCACUAGAAGCCGAUGCCUUGCUGGAGGUAGUUUGACGUUUGGAAGGCACUUUUGACAGCUCCGGGUACGUCAACCAUGGAACCAUAUCUAACAGCUAAGGACGCGCGACGGAGACAGUUUACGAUGAUAAUAAAAGGUUUAAUAGGUUCGUAAAAGUUUUACAUUAUUUGGGUGUAUCAUAAAACUCACAACCAUUAAAUUUCAUGGUUUGUUGUGACGCGAUCGAUGUUAUUGUUAGGUGCAUUCCCUCUCCCAGAGAAUAGGGGGCGGAAAGUUCUCACAAUGCUGCGACGUAGAACAACCCUACCCACAUUCUUCGAGAUAACAUAAUAGAACUGAUGUUUCGCAAGCCGUUUGGCGAUUUAACUUUGGGCCUCAGCCGUUGCUAGAUUUUCCUCAGUUUAUUUUCCAACUGCAUUGUGUUUAAGUCUCUACAAAAUGCAGUCAAUUACGUUGCUAAAAUUGAUAGCUUUUGCCUCUGUAAUAGGCCAAUGUGCCUCACAAAACUCGAACGUUGCGAAGCAAAUUGAUGACUAUCGGAAGCAGUGCGUGGAGCUGAGUGAUGUCAGUGUAGAUUCGGCCAUCAAAGUGCACUCUGGACAAGUGAUUGAGAAUCCCGAUUGGUCUACUAAGCGAUAUGUGCAGUGUUUCUUCCAGAAGAUGCAAUUUAUGGACGAGAAUGGUGUAAUGUUGAAAGAUGCUGUUGUGGAGUUCUUCAGUCGAAUUCAGGACGAGAGCCGAGCCAAAGCCAUGGUUGAAAAUUGUGACAUCCAGAAGGAAAAUCCAUUGGACACAGCCUAUGCAGUGCUGGUGUGCUAUCAAGGGAAUAAAAAUUGAGAAAGACACCGUGAUAAACUUU